GCUUUGAUCUGUGGAUCGGUGUUUUUUUUUAAAUAAAAUAAGUAAUUUGGGGGUUCAAUUAAAUAGUUUUUGUUUAUUUUUUGUGUUAUCGUAACUAACUAAAGCAAAGUUUUGCGUUCUAUUAAAAGAAACAUGGAUAAUAUGUUACGGAAAAUCAUAUGCAGGACCUGUCUCACUGAGGCGUCAGGCUAUAAGUCUUUACUGAGCAAAAUGGAUGGGGACGAGCGAACUGUACGAGAAGUAUUAUCGAAUUUUACAAAUGUGGACAUAUCAGUGAGCGAUAAAUAUCCUAAACAGGUUUGUGAUGAGUGCUACACGAUGAUAUUUAAAGCUGAGGAGUUCAAAAAGCGAUGUUUACAAUCGGAAACCAUAUUAAAGAAUGGUUUUCUCUCUCAUACUUUCGAAGAGUUGAUCAAACGCGAAAUGGGCAGUAACACAGAUUUAAUCAUGUCUAAUUCAUACACGAAUACACAUAAUACAAACAAUAGCUACUCUGAUAGUGGUUUAGAAAAGAAUCACUCGUCCACUGGUGAAAUAGAAAUGGCUAUUGUAGAAAAUUAUUAUCAUCCCAUGGAAAACUUUAAGAAUAAUCAUAACGUUAAAGAAGAGCAAGAUGAUUCUGUACAUGACUAUGAUUUCACAGAAAGUAUGGCUAUUGAAAGCACUGCUAUAGUUGAAAAAACAUUAAAUACAGGCUUGAGUAUUCGUGAUACAAAUUCAAAAAGUAAUACGGGUAAAAUGAUUCAAAAAUCUGAUAGUAAUAUAAGCAACAACGAAAUUGGAUUAAUCUGUACAGUGUGUAACGAAGAAUUUUCUAAUAUUGAGUUUUUACAAAUACAUACGUUAACCCAUAACGAGAAUGUCGAAAACUAUCAAUGUACUGUAUGCGAUAAUAAAUUCACAUGCAAAUUGACAUUGAAAAGCCAUAUCAAAACACAUAAAGUCAAAGCGAAAGUUAAACAUAAGAAACACAAAAAUAACGAAAACAAAAACAGCCUAACCCUAAUAUUGACCUGUCCGAAAUGUAAAGAAAAAUUUACCGUUAUGGAAUCAUUUCAAGAGCAUUUGAAAAUGCAUAAGGAAGUUAACGAAGAAAGUCUCAUUAAUAAUGUUAAGUUAAAUAACGAAGUACAGAGCUACCAGUGUUCGUUAUGUAUGCGUAAGUUUGAACGGAGAUCAUCGUUAGUGACUCAUAUAAAACGCCAUGAAGACAAGGCACAGAUAAAGUAUCCAUGCAAAACUUGUAAACGAGAAUUUCAGCACAAGGCACAUCUAGAAAACCAUGUAGUCCUGGUACAUUCCAAGGAAAAAGGUUUCACUUGUGACAUUUGUAAUAAAAGUUUUUCCACACAAGAGACUUUAGACAGUCACAAGGAAAGGCAUAAAGUUAGCAGAAAACAUGAAUGCAAGGUCUGCAGCAAAUCUUUCACAAUGCUGUCCACUUUAACGGAACAUAUAAAGAUACAUACGGGAGAGAAACCGUACCUCUGCUCCAUCUGUGGACGAGGCUUCAGCCAGAAGAACAAUCUAACUCAGCACAUGAGACGCCAUCAAGGGUUGAAGCCGUUCAAAUGUCAAACUUGUGAGAGAGGGUUCGUAUCAAAAGGUGAACUAGAAGCACACACUCGUAAGCACAGCGGCGCACAUCCCUUUGUAUGUGACGACUGCGGAGGCAGUUUCACUACGUCCAGCUCUCUCACUAAACACAGGAGAAUCCACACUGGAGAACGUCCAUACGCCUGCGACUUAUGCCCCAUGAGAUUCGCCGCUUUAAACACAUUGAAGAACCAUAGACGGACUCACACUGGUGAAAAACCGUACCAAUGCUCCCAUUGUGAAAAGGCCUUUACACAGAGGAACGAUCUCGUCUCACAUAUACGAUGUCACACUGGAGAGCGGCCUUAUAUAUGCACGUGUUGUGGACAGGCCUUUAGGAAGGCCUCGGCGCUCAAGGUUCACAUUAAAGUGCAUGGGAAGGAGAGUUUAAUUAUGUAGCAUUAUAUAAAAAUAAUAAAAUUUUGUGAAAAAUUUUGCUUAAGUUGUACUUCAGGGGAAAUAGUGUUAAGAGUAGCGAAAAAAAUCGAUACAAUUGAAAAAUUAGCAAAAACUCUUUUAAUUUGAAUAUUAGCGACAAAAUGUAUUAAAAAAAACCCGGUCAAAUUCGAGUCAGAUUUGCGCACUGUUUCCGUACUCGGGUAUCUUUUCCAACAUUUUGCACGAUAAAUC